UCUCAACAACAAAUCCCCCAACCAGCCUUCCACCGUCGCUCUAUUGGCGACUGGGAAUUCGAUAAAACAAUUGGCGCUGGCUCAAUGGGAAAAGUCAAGGUUGCUAAGCAUCGUCGCACAAAAGAAGUCUGCGCCGUCAAAAUUGUCCCAAGGGCCUUGAAAUUAUACCACAGAGCUCAUGCAAAUGAUCCUCCUCCAAGAGAUAGCAAUGAAUCCGCUAAGCGAAGAAAAGAAGCUGAAAAAGAAUACGCAAGAGACAGAAGGACUGUUAGAGAAGCUGCCCUCGGCAGAAUCCUCUACCACCCCUACAUUUGCAGGCUUUUCGAAAUGAUCCCAAUGACUAACCACUACUACAUGCUUUUUGAAUACAUCUCUGGUGGUCAAAUGCUAGACUACAUUGUCAGUCAUGGCUCCCUAAAAGAAAGACACGCAAGAAAAUUUGCUAGAGGUAUCGCUUCCGCUUUGGAUUACCUUCAUAAAAACAACGUCGUUCACAGAGAUUUGAAAAUCGAAAACAUAAUGAUAUCCAAAAAUGGCGACAUCAAAAUCAUCGACUUUGGUUUAUCAAAUCUUUUUACCAAAAACAAACUCCUAAAAACUUACUGUGGCUCCCUAUACUUUGCUGCUCCAGAGUUACUAUCUGCUAAUCCUUACACUGGCCCUGAAGUAGACGUAUGGUCCUUUGGUGUCGUUUUAUAUGUCUUAGUCUGUGGUAGGGUUCCUUUUGAUGAUCAAAGCGUUUCUAUUCUUCACGAAAAGAUCAAAAAAGGUAACGUCCAAUACCCGCCAACCUUAUCUGAAGAUUGCAUUGCAAUUCUUUCCAGAAUGCUAGUUGUUAACUCAAAUAAAAGAGCAACCCUAAGAGAAAUCAGAACACACUCUUGGAUGAACAAAGGCUACGAAGGUCCUCCAAACUCUUAUGUUCCUUCAAGGAAACCCCUAAAACUUCCUCUAGACCCAGAGGUCAUCAAAGAAAUGGUCCAUCUUGAAUUGGGCAAACACCAAGCUAUUUUUCAUGAAUUGAAUACAAUUGUUGCUUCUGAUGAGUAUCAAAUAGCCUCUUCCAAUUGGUACGAAAGAGAAGAUAAAUACUCAAAACAGUAUGGCUUUCUCAAUGACACUGACAUUGACGUGUUAGACCCUGAUCCUACCAUUAGCUUUGCUCCUUUAGUUUCAAUGUACUACUUGGUUGAUGAAAUGAAAAAAAGAAGAAAGCUAAAAGAGCAAAGCUCAAAUCUUGCAAGCAGAGUUAAUCAACAAGAAAUUUUACAUGAACAAGACAACUCUCCUGAUAACACUGCUAUUAAAAAACCAAAUAUAAAUGUUGAAAAAAAGAAAUCAUUUCCCAUGUUGUCAUUCCCCGAAGCUGCUCAUACGUCUGGUGCUGCCACUUCAAUCAUUUCAGGUGGAGGUACUAAAUUAUCUGGAUCAAGAAACAGUUUAACCAAAAUUGUUCAAUCCAUUCCUCAGCAAUUGUCUCCUAGAAGGGCUAAUUCAACGAAAUCUUCCAAUUCCAAUAAUGCAAACAAUUUAUACGUUAGCUCUAACAAUAGUAAAUCUAAUACUGUUUUCAAUGGAUUAUUCAGACGAUUUAGUGGUCACCGCCGUUCUCUGAGCAAACCAGUUAUCCACACUACUUAUGUUGACCAAAACGCUCCUCCAGUGCCUGCCCUUCCUAAUAUACUUGUGCAAAAAAGUCAAGGACAUCGUGUAACAAAAUCUGUGCCUACCAAUGGAAACAGUAAUUUUCUUACUGCUAACAAUAAGGCUGGUAUCAAUGUUAACAAUAACAUGGGUUUAAGUGUUAGUACAAAUUCAACACCAAAAAAGAAGUAUCAUCCCUCUGCAAGAGCCAAAUCUCUUGGACAUUCAAGAAGAGAUUCUAUCAGUUUUGGAAAAAAGCAUCCUCAAACAUCCACUACUGAUGCUCCACCAUUACCUUCAAAUGCAGAUGACUUGUUAGAUGCCCAACGGGUUGUGACAAGGGUGAUGGACGAACAACAUGAAAUUAUUUAUGAUGAAAAUAUAGUGAUGGAAAAUGCCAAAAAUGCAGCUCCAGAUACAAUGUUAUCAAUUCAAUAUCCCAAAACCGUUUAUCUCAAAGGUUUUUUUAAUGUUCAAAACACAUCUUCCAAACCUGCUCCAAUAAUAAGACAAAACAUCAUUAACUGUUUGGAAAAAUUAGGUGUUCGUUAUUUGGAGGUAAAAGGUGGAUUUGUCUGUGAACAUUCGCCCAGCAUCAAACGAAGUUAUAGCAUCCCUAAAAAACAGUCAUUUACAAACUAUUCAAAUUCAUCUUCAGAUAAAGAUGUGAAUUCUGCUAUCAGCAAUGGAAACAAAUCCACGGUUUCGCACAGAAGAAGAUUCAGUUUUGCACACCGAAGACAUUCAAAUUUCUCAAAUGUGAGUGCUGGUGGUAUUCCUAAUAUGCCUACUACACCCGUCACUUUCUCCCCACAGGGACACAUUUCUGACAAUUUGGAAUCAAACACGUCAAUAGAUUCGCUUGGAGCAAGUGAUAUGAUAUUAUCUAGUCGACUUGAGCAAAACAAAAAGAAUCUAAGUACUCAAAGACUUCCGUUGAAAUUUGAAAUUUAUAUUACCAAAAUUCCAUUGUUAAGCUUAUUUGGAGUUCAGUUUAAAAAACUUAAGGGCAAUGCAUGGUCAUACAAAACGCUAGUGGAACAAAUUUUUGCAGAUUUGUAUCUUUAA